AUGCUCUCCUUGCUACUUGUCUUCUCUACCUUGGCUCUUCCAGCAUGGGGUGUUUCCUCCUGGGAAAACCCACAAAUUAAUCAGGUGUCAGAAGGGCUGCAGCAACCGCUUGGCAACAUCUCCCAGCUCUUUGAGAAAGGUAUGCUGGGCUUUGAUGAUGUCUUCAUCAUGGUUUCUCGUGAGGAAUGGGGGGCAGAAGCAAUUGGCUGCAGCUCCAAGCUGAGCAGGCCAGUGGAUGUCCUUGUCGUACACCAUAUCCCUGGACUGGAGUGCCACAGCAAAGCCGUCUGUAGCCAGAAGCUUCGGCAACUACAGGCCUAUCACAUCCGCAAUGGCUGGUGUGAUGUGGCCUACAAUUUCCUGGUUGGGGAUGAUGGCAGAGUGUAUGAAGGUGUUGGUUGGAAUGUCCAAGGCUUUCACGACCAGGGCUACAACAACAUCUCCUUGGGUGUUGCCUUCUUUGGCACCCAGGAAGGCCAUAGUCCCAGCCCCGUUGCUCUGUCAGCCAUGAAGGUCCUGAUUUCCCAUGCCGUGAAGAAGGGCCACUUGUCAUCCAAGUAUAUCCAGCCACUUCUUGGGAAAAGUGAAGACUGCCUGGUCCCUCCACAGAUAAGGAAACAGAGGAAAGCAUGUCCCCACAUAGUUCCACGGUCUGUUUGGGGGGCAAGAGACUCCCACUGCUCCAAGAUGACUCUCCCUGCAAAGUAUGUCAUCAUCCUUCACACUGCUGGGAGAACAUGCAGUCAGCCCGAUGAGUGCCACCUGCUGAUCCGAGAUCUCCAGUCCUUCUUCAUGGACAAGCUAAAUGCAUGUGACAUUGGGUAUAACUUCCUCGUGGGCCAGGAUGGUGGUGUUUAUGAAGGGGUGGGCUGGGAUCACCAGGGCUCCAGAACUGAUGGCUACAAUGACAUCGCCUUGAGUAUCACCUUCAUGGGCAUCUUCACAGGUUCUCCACCCAAUGCAGCUGCACUGGAGGCAGCCCAGGACUUGAUCCAGUGUGCUGUGGUCAAGGGGUACCUGACCUCCAACUACCUGCUAAUGGGGCACAGUGAUGUGUCCAACACUCUGUCCCCUGGGCAGGCAUUGUACAACAUUAUCAAGACGUGGCCCCACUUCAAGCACUGAGGGAGGCCCUAGCCCUAUCUGAGGAUGCUCUUCCUCCUGUUGGGUGUCUGUCUUUACC